ACAGAUUGUAACGCAAUAAGUGAACAACCUUCCAACAAUGGCAGUCACUGAAUUACCUUCCACAACAAGACCAAAUCAAAUGAAAAAAGUAUCACUUCUCCCUCUAAUCUUUCUCAUCUUCUAUGAAGUUUCAGGUGGACCGUUUGGUUCAGAAGAUGCAGUUCAAGCAGCUGGUCCACUCUUAACCCUUCUUGGAUUCAUAAUUUUCCCAUUCAUAUGGAGUGUCCCUGAAGCCAUGAUCACUGCUGAAAUGGGUACAAUGUUCCCUGAAAACAGUGGUUAUGUUGUUUGGGUUUCAUCAGCUUUAGGACCUUAUUGGGGUUUCCAACAAGGUUGGAUGAAAUGGCUUAGUGGUGUCAUAGACAAUGCUUUGUAUCCUGUUUUGUUUCUUGAUUACCUUAAAUCAGCUGUUCCUGAAGUUUCUAGUGGUUUGCCAAGAGUUUUUGCAAUUUUGGGUCUUACUAUAUUUCUCACUUUGUUGAAUUAUAGAGGUUUGACUAUUGUUGGAUUUGUUGCUGUUUUUUUAGGUGUUUUUUCUUUGAUCCCUUUUGUUGUUAUGGGGUUUAUUUCAAUUCCUAAGUUGAAACCUUCAAGAUGGGUUGAGGUGGAUUUACAUGAUGUGGAUUGGAAUUUGUAUUUGAAUACUCUUUUUUGGAAUCUUAAUUAUUGGGAUUCUAUUAGUACUCUUGUUGGUGAAGUUGAAAAUCCUAAGAAAACACUUCCAAAAGGUUUGUUUUUUGCUUUGAUUUUAGUUGUUUUGGGGUAUUUGUUUCCUCUCUUGGUUGGAACCGGCGCAGUUCCGGUCAACCGUGAGGCAUGGAGCGACGGAUAUUACUCCGAUAUCGCUAUGAUUAUCGGAGGUGUUUGGUUGAGAUGGUGGCUUCAAGCUGCCGCCGCAGUUUCGAACAUGGGAUUGUUUGUUGCCGAAAUGAGUAGUGACUCUUUUAUGCUUUUGGGAAUGGCAGAGAGAGGAAUGUUGCCUAAGUUCUUUACCAAAAGAUCGCGCUAUGGAACGCCGAUCAUAGGUAUUCUUUUCUCUGCCUCUGGUGUGAUUUUAUUGUCAUGGCUUAGUUUUGAAGAAAUUGUGGCUGCAGAGAAUUUCUUGUACUGUUUUGGAAUGAUUCUUGAGUUUAUUGCAUUCAUAUUGUUGAAGAUUAAAAAACCAAAUGCACCAAGGCCUUAUAAAGUACCAGGAGGGAAAAUUGGAGCUAUUGUUAUGUGUAUUCCUCCUACAAUAUUGAUUUGUUUUGUAUUGUAUUUUUCAUCCAUCAAAGUAAUGGUUAUAAGCUUCAUUGCUCUGGUGAUUGGUCUUGUGAUGCAACCUUGUCUCAAAUUUGUGGAGAAAAAGAAAUGGGUUAAGUUCUCUGUUAGUCCUGACCUACCUGAUUUAGAUAAUGGGGAGGGAACUCAAACUUUAGUGCAAUAAUUUUUUUACUGUUUCUGUUUGUUUUGACCCUUGUUAGAGAAUAACCCUUAUUAGUAUUAUUUAUAAAAUUUAUGUCAUGAAUAGUUUUACAAGUUUUGCUUGUGGAAUGGUUUAUAAUGUGUGAGUUCAAUUUCAUUUGGCCAUCACAUCUUUAGAAAUUAGGGCUUAUCACUAUGUGUACUUGUUUGCACUUGACCAACAUAUAGGUAUAAUAGGGUAAUGCUUGUUACUAUUGGA